GUCUGGUAAGUUAAAAAUAAAAAUUAUUGACAGAGAGCCACAGGUUGGGUUUGUGAUACAAUCAGUGACUCUUGAUGAGAGGAUGUUUGCAGAUAUGUUUUUGAAGAUAAGCCAAUUUGUUAAAGGAAUCUUGUUUCAGGAAAUCUAAUCAUCCAUAUUAACCCCAUUGGAAGACUGGUGAAAUGUAAUCACUUGAACAAAUGGGUGGGGUUCAGAGACACAAUAUAAGGAGACUCCAGGAGGCAAAGUCAGUCUUCUCCAGAACUGAGAGGAAGUGUUUGGAGUUCACCUGCAUCUUGAGACCUCUGAAAGCCACACUUGGAACUCUUGACCCCUGAACCAACUUCAUAUUAUUCUCCAGGGUAGACUGUUUCUACAGCUCCUUAGGAAAAUGGACUUGGAAAUCCCAGAAGCCUUCCAGAAGGAUCUCACCUGCCUCGUCUGCCUGAAUUUCCUUCUAGACCCAGUCACCAUAGGCUGUGGACACAGCUUCUGUAGGUCCUGUCUUUGUCUUUUCUGGGAACAAGCUGAAGCCCCUGCCAGUUGUCCGGUGUGCAGACAACGAUCAGAACAGACAAACUUCAAAACCAAUUUUCUUCUGAAGAAUCUGGUGUCCACUGUCAGAAAAGCCAAUCUCAGGCAAUUCCUGAAGUGUGAGGAACACCUGUGUGGGACCCACAAGCAGACAAAGACGAUCUUCUGUGAAGCUGACAAGAGCUUGCUCUGUUUGGUCUGCUGUCAAUGUCAGGAGCACAAGACUCACAGACAUUGUCCCGCUGAAGAGGCUGCUGAGGAAUCCUGGGAAAAGUUGACAAACCAAAUGAGAUCUUUAUGGGAAAAGAUUCAAGAAACUGAAAGAAAUCUCAAGAAAAAUCACAGAGGAACUUACCCUUGGAUGUUUUAUGUGUAUCGACAUAGAGACAUGAUUAGGAGAACUUAUCAGAUGGCACCCCCAUUUCUCCCAGAGGAAGAAGAUUACUAUGUAGAGAGUAUUGUAAAAGAAGGCCAAAACAUAUGCAAACAACUCAGAAGAAGGCAAGAGGAAAUAAUCAGAAAGAAGAGAGAGCUCCAAGAAAUACACAAGGAGCUCAUUCAAAUGUGCUCUAAACCAGAUGUGGAGCUGCUCCAGGAAUUGGAAGACAAACUGAAAUGGAGUGAAUCAGCACAGCUGCACAUGCCUCAGCCCCUGGUCCCUGAGCUCCCUGCACCACCCAUGUCUGGGCUGAUGGACUGGCUCAACCGCUUCCGAGGAAUCCUUACAGAUGCCUACAGCCCAGUCCCAAGAGCUGUCCAUGAGCAUCUCCCAGUAUUGUUUGCCAGAGGUGAAGCUCUGGUCUCCCAAUGCAGCAAAAUACUUGGAUGUUCCACCAUCAUGCCUCUGUACAUAGAGAGACCUCAGGGCAGGGUUGGGGUGUUCCUUGAUUGUGACAGUGGGAGUAUUAGUUUUGUGGAUGUUGCCAAGCGCACCCUCCUUUGGAGAUACGAUGAUGGCGUGUGCACUUUCCCUGUCAGGCCCUUCAUCUGCACUGGCCACAGGUGAGGAGGCUGAGUCACGGCCCACAUGGGAUGCUCAGGACUCCUCUGAGGGAGCCCUUAUCCCCUGCAGUAUAUCAAGGAGACUUCCUGACCUUUAGGCUCUUUCUACUGUAAUGGAGCUUCCUUUAUUGUUAUUUGAUGUGAAGAUAGUGUCAAAUGCAAAUUUCACUUGGUUGUC